UUGUUAUCCACCUCACCACACCCCUCCCUCCCGUAACCGUAACAUUCAUACUUCAGUAUGGAAGUCUGGCUGACUUUGAUUCUAUUCUGUUCGUGUUUGACCUUGGCUAAAGCUCGUCAGAAACUUCUGCUGGUCUCGUUUGACGGCCUGAGGUGGGAUUAUACCGACGAUGUGGACACGCCAAACUUCGACGACGUCUCGAGGUCCGGAGUUCGAGUCCCGUACUUGACGCCAUGUUUCGUCAGCCUCAGUGGUCCGUGUCACUGGACCAUGGUCACAGGACAAUACCCAGAAAGCCACGGGGUGGUCCACAACGUUUGCUAUGACGUCACCACGGGGGAGCGCAUUGAUUGGCCGGACAGUCUGACCAAUAGCAGGUGGAUGGAUGCAGGGGCAGAGCCCAUCUGGAUAACGGCCAAGAGACAAGGCAAACGGGUGGGCACGUGCUUCUUUCCCGGGGGGAGUGUGGCCAUUAAAGGGAUGCGCGCUGACAAGAUCGUUCCCAUGGCGACGACAACAAACACAAUGGAGGACUGGAAGGAGCGAGUGGACACAGUGAUCACGUGGCUGUCACGUGACGACCUUGACCUGGUGACCUUGUACUUCAACCAGCCGGAUUUAGACGUGCACUAUCACGGAGUGGGGUCGGAAGAGAGGAAGGACAUGGUGCGCCAGGCCGAUUCAGUAAUCGGAUACUUGCGGGACGAAAUACGUCGGAACGAGCUGGAAGCGACGCUGAACGUCAUCGUAACGUCUGACCACGGCGCUCAGGACGUCAACACGUCACCGCGUCAGAUCGAACUGCUGAAUUACGUUCCAGAGUCGUACCUGCAGUUCUACCUGGCUGACUACGGGCCGCUGGCGAUCAUCCAGCCGAAAGAGGGGAGGUUAGAGGAGGUGUACACGUUGCUAAGUAACGUCCACCCUAACAUGACGGUGUAUAAGAAGGAAGAGUUCCCCCCAGAUCUUCACUGGGCCAACCAUCCCCGCGUCCCGGACAUACUCGCCAUGGCUGACCCAACCUUCGUUAUAUACUCGACGUACCCAGGCUACCCUCCGCUGCUAUCCGAACACGGCUGGGACCCGAGGCUACCGGACAUGAGGGCCUACUUCCGCGCCUUCGGACCCAGCUUCAAGGCGGACUUUGACGUGGCGCCAUUCGAAUCGGUUAAUCUCUACCCUCUCAUGUGCCAAGUGCUGGGCGUGGCACCGGCUCCGAACAACGGCUCCCUCUCAUUGGUCGGGAGCAUGCUACGAGAUGACGUCAGCAGUGGACAACUCGCCGUAGUAAACACGGCGGCUGUAACUAUGGCAACUGCAGCCGCCAUCUUGUUAGGUUGUCAGACUUACUCUUAAUUUUACCAAGGAGCUUUGAUGAAACGAACACAAUACAUUGUAUUAUAUUUUAAAGAAGAGUGCUUUAUUGGUCUUAUUCGAUUUAGACAAAAAAAAGUUUAACU